UCACCGCGUUCCAAGGCAUGUAAAGACCCGGCUGGUCACGGCGCGGACCUGCGUAAUUCAGGUACAAGCCAGGAUGCAGAUUCGGUUUCCAGCUUCCGAGUCCCCACAGAGAUUAUGAGUGUGAGCGUGCACUCGCACGGCCCCUCGCUUCCCUGCUGAGCCUCGGUCGCACGCCCCCACGUCAUGUCCAGAAGUGCCUACCUACGAGAUGGUCGUGAAUCGCGUGGACAAUCGCGAGUGGAGCCGGGAUAUGGACUGUUUCGAGACAGCCACGCUGUGCGCUUCGCUCAAGUCCUCGUUCAAAUACAACCCCUGACUCCGCACCUCACAGACCUACCUACCCUGCGUUUCGUAAGCCGCACGUCAGUCGCGCACCGGCCAGCGGCCGUGUCUAGCGUACCAAGAUCAGGCCAAAGACAGCGGCUUCCUAUUGGCGGGGCCCAUCGUGAUCUCCGGCAGUCAGGUCGAGGCGGCGGGGCGUGUGUGAUUGUUUGGAUCGGUGUUGUGGUGAGCGUGGUAUUGCCCUGCGGCGGGUGUGGUGAUGGUGAUGAAGAGUAGAGCAGUGAGUGUAACUAGGUCCAUUUAGCGCUGUCGGCUUGAGUGUGAGAAGCCGGAAAUUCAUGGCGAAGAAUAUCCGACCAAUUAUCAGCUUCGUCAGAGCAUGCGCAUCAACGCAGCAUGCAUGAGCCUAGCUCGCUCCGAAGAAGCUGGAUGUUCAAAUCUCCACUGUCUAGAACAGAGGGUGCACGAAGUAAGACCGCGCAUCUGCCGAGACGAGGGUGCCGGGCAAGACGAUCAAACAAAUUUCGAAAUAGAAGAGCCUGUCGGUCACAAGUGUAUGCAUACCUUCAGCUCGAGCACACAUUAGCAAGAAGUCAAAGGCAUCGUUCCAUUAAGCUUUCAUUCGGACGAGCCUUAGAAACGAACCCGCCAUGGCAACAAGUAGCUGGCAACCACUUGCUAGUCACUG